CAUUCAUGAUAAAACUUGGUAGAGAGCUUUGGCUUCAUCGAGAGGUGCGAAUUGCUUUGCCUGAUAAGAAUUUUCUUGUUUGAGAACACUGAUAAGAAGACAGUUCAAGCACCAGAACACAAUUAAACGAAGACUUGAAGAUACACCAAAGUGAAAAAGGGCAGCAUAAAAAUGGAGCAAUUUGACGAAGUUGACUUUAUGGAUCCGAAUUUUACCAUGAAAUUUUCAGAGGACGAUGUCUGGCACGCAAUCAAUACCAAGGUCGAUCAAACUCGUAGUGACCGAAUUCGGCGGGCCUUGUUCCCAGAGACCUUGAAUCAAUCCGAAAUUAACAACAUCCUCCAUCUGCGAAUCCAUCCUGAGGUUCCUAGUGCCCUAGAACAAUUAUCUCAACCUGCUCAAGACCUAAAGUUUGCCAUUGAGGAACUUCUUGAAUACGUCCACGACGUGGAAUUGGCGACUAAAAUUGCUUCAGAGGUCACGAACCUGUUGAAAAACGAGGAUCUUGAGGUUGUCCGCAAUGCUGCUGAGCUGGUUUUAGAUUUGUCAUAUAGUGAAGCUCCGGCGCAAGUGGUAAUUGGCCAUCCUCACUUGCUAGCUACCCUGGAAAUGGUGCUGGAUAAGGCGGGAGGUUCAAAAAUGGAGGAACAAAUCAAGAAAGCAGGAGCGGGGGCGAUGCUUAACUUGACCAAAUAUGAGAAGGGCCGAUAUGUCAUCUUUGAGAGCGGGGGUAUUCCGUAUUUAGUUAAGCUCUUGGGAGCACAGCCGUUGACAGUGACCUUUUAUGCCACUCAGUCCCUCCAUAAUUUGCUCCAAUACCUAGAGGGCGCUAAGGCGGCCAUCAUUUCCGCUGGGGGAAUCCAGCGAAUGGUGCCCCUUCUGCAAUUAAAAGACAUCAAGUUCUUGGCCAUGCUCAUGGAUUGUCUCCAAAUGCUUUGCUUCAAAGCCUCGGAAUCCAAAUUGGCCGUAAGGAAUUGCAAGGGACCCAAACACAUUUUGGCAAUUUUGAAGAGAAAUCCAUCGGAUAAAAAGCUUCUGUUCACAAUGAGCAGAUUGUUAAAAGUCUUGUCCACAUGUGUAUACAACAAAGAAGACAUGGCCGAUCAGGGAGGAUUUUACUUGAUCGCCAAAAGGCUACCUCAAAUGAGAGAAGAGAGCACCUUCAAAAAUUUCUUAACCACAUUAAGGAACAUUUCUGAUGCCAAAGCUAACUUCUAUAUUGAUCAUGAAAUUCUGGACAUUAUCCUGAAACAACUCGAAAGCUCCAACGAGACUGUGGUCCAGAUAAGUGCCGGAAUCUUGGGUAAUCUCACCAGCGAGAGGCCAUCAAAGAAAGUGGCCGUAUUUGAAUGCAACGGUGUGGAAGUCAUUCUGAGGGCUCUUGACCACCCUAACAGACUCGGUACCACCCAGAUGGCUUUGAUUUUAACCCUGCGUCAUAUGAGUGCUCGACAUCGCCUCGGAAGGGAUAUUCGGGCCGAGAUUCGGAAACUGGGGGGACUCAACCUGAUUAUGCACAUUCUUCUCACAUCGACCGAUUGGGUGGUUUUGAGCCCAACGAUUGGUUUGAUCCGAAAUUUGGCCAACAUGACGCAAAAUCAUAAAGAUAUGGAAGAUUUCAUGGUUGUUGUGCGAUUGUGCAACCUUUUAAGUCACACCGUCAAUGCCUUGGCUCUGUUGAAAGAAAACAAGCGUGAAGACGACGAUGACUAUCAUAUUAAGAAUCCCAAAGAUUCAGAAUUGGACGGAGUGGACCUUCAUGACAUUUUGAUAGAUUGCAUAGGCACCCUUGCACUUCUAGUGCACAGGCCGUCUCUUAAAACACAAAUUGAAGGAUUGGAGAUUUUGGAACUCUUAAGAGAGUUAGAAGACCGAGAAGAUGAAGAUGUGAAAAUGGUGGUGGACGAAUUCUUCAACGCCUACAACGACACUUACACAUUUAGUUACGAUUCUCAUGGUAGAACUCUCUCACGUGAUUCUCAAAUGAUCGACGAUAAGUUGGAUGAUCUAGGUUACGAGAUAGUCGAUGACAAGGAGUUUGUUGGACAACCUGGAGAAGCACCCGAGGCGGUGUAUGAAAAUACUUCGGCCUUCAGCACUUUAAAUCGAAGUAUUGUGGUGACCGAUCCCAACGAUCGCGCUUACUUGAAUGAUAGCCUCAGGGUUCAAACCGCUCCUUCCCGCUCAUCUUCGUACCAAUCCAUCACAAGCUCCGCAACAAUGGAUAUGUCUCAGUCUAGAAACUACUAUGGUUCCAAUAGGAAAAUUGUUUAUGAAGAUAAUGAACUGUGAAUACUAUUUUGUGGAUAAACCGUGCUUUCUAUGUACUGGAGAGAGCUGACUCCUUCCCUCUAAUUGAAUCAAUUUUCAUCUAACGCAAUAAAUGAACAGUGUUUUCAAGA